GAAGAUUUCUUGCUUUUCUCUGACUCCCCUCAUCUCUGCAAUUCUUUUCUUUGCCUUCGGUGUUGGUUCAUUUCUGUAUUUUAUAUUCUCUGACAUUUUUUUCUUUUUCUUUUUUCUUUUUGGCCUUUUUACGAGAAAGCAUGGAAGGUUUGCUGAAUCCGCAUUUUGGGUUUUGCAUUUUCCUUUAAAUCCUUUUUUCCCUGGCUUUCAUAUGAUUCUUGGAGCUGGUUUUUGAUGCUUGUUCUUGAUUUUGUUCGAGUUGUUUUUUGUGCUUGCUGUUGACUAGGGCCAAUAAGUGCAAAUCUUCGGGAUCAUUUUGUUUAUGUGUUUGAGCUUAUCGUAUGGAUCUGUCAUUUUCUUGACUUGGAUGCAGAAUCUUGGCCAUUUGAUUUGUAACCUUUUAUAGAAAAAUAAUGGCACAUUUGAGAUUUUUCUUGCUCUUAGCUUAACUUUGCGAAUCCGGUCCAGAAAUUUAAUUAAACGUGAAUUUGGGGUCUGGAAUCACCAGUUGUCUUGGGGCACCGUUACAGUAUGGGUGUAUUUUUGGUCUGCUUACUUGACAUUGAAGAAGAGCUGUUGCAGCACUCAUCAUAUUGAAGGCUUCAUCAAGAUUUUCCAAAAUUAUUGAAGAUGUAAUACAAUGCUAUCCAGUGUGAAACUGAGUCCUGAAAGUAUAGAAAAGUCUCGGGAGAUGGGACAUAUAUUAGGGCAGGGGACAGGUUCAACACAACAAAACAUGGAUGUUGUUAAAGAGAAAACUCCAUUGCCAUGGAAAGAAAAAAGUUUAUUUUAUCAAGACAAGCACAAAGUAGGGCAUUCUUUUGCUGAGCCAUCCCUUGAUCCAAAUAGUGAAUUAAGACACAAUGCAAAUACCACGAAAGUAAUCCAGUCUAAACCUUCAGAAAGGAAUGAGCGAAGGUCUCGGCUUGGGCAUAGGACAUCUGAUGAUGAUGAGCUUGUCAAGCACAUGUCGAAUUUACCUGGCUUUCUCCAGCGAGUGGAGAGGGAAAAUAGCAUUCAAGAGAAGGCACUAAAUUUUGGUGUCCUCGAUUGGAAGCGUUUGGAGAAAUGGAAGUAUACAGAACGUAUGCCUAGCAAAUAUCCAAAGAAAACAUCACCAAGCAGAUCAUCUUGUUCAGCAAAUGGACCGCCUAAAAUGGUUCCAAACUUGAGGAAGCAACCCUCUUCACAUGGUCGUAAUCCAAGUUCAUUAUAUUCAGGAAAACAGCAGAUGCCACAUGGUUCACGAUUUAGUUCACCUCAAAGACAGUCGACUUUACCUCAGAAUUCACUUGUCAAUUCAUCAGAGGCAAGAAAUGCUAGCUAUCGCAAGGUGGAAAAACGUGAUGAGCCUAUCAAGUCUAAAGAAAAGGAAACAUGUAACCAAGAAUCUCAAACUGCGGAAAGCAGCACCAUUGGUAGGCAAGAAGAGCAUUUUCAGCAGGCUGUUAAGUUUAACAGCAUGAGGAAGGAUUCAAAGAAAAAGACUACGUCAGAAAAAAAAGCAUCACCAUCAGAGGGGAGCAAACAUAACCUUUCUCUCUCCUCACAUAACAAAACUAAUGCUCAGGGGAAAAAGAGUGACAUAAGAUUCAGCAAUGAAGUGAAAUUUACUUCUGAAUCCUGCACCGCCGACCCAAAAAAUAUUGUGCUCCUAGUACCCAAACAUUUCUCGAAGAAGAGUUGCUCAGAAAGUUCUCAGUUUACAGAAUCCAGGACCUCACUUGAUGGACAAUUAGCAGAAGUGGCAGGAAACAGAUUGUCUGAUCUAUUUUCUUCUCAAGAGCUUUACACUGGAGAAUUAUCUGCUGAUAUUCCACACUCUUGUCCCCUGCCUUCUGGUGCCACAGUUGAGUGUGCCAUGGAGCUACAUAACUUGGUGACUUCUCAGGCAGUUGAAACAGAUAUCCGUCCAAGUGCAUGCCCAAGUGCGAAUCCGGUCACCUCCAUAACACCUGAAGGUAAACCUUCAAUGAUGCAUGAAGAAACUGCUUGGUCUUCAUCUUUAGUUGAGGCUUCCAGUAAAACACAAGCUGAUGUUGCUGCACAGCCCACUGUGCAAGGAAGAGCUUCCUCCCCUGCUCGUCGAUUCAGCUUUAACCUUGGGAGGAUGAGCAGAAGCUUUAGCUUUAAGGAGAGCUCUGCAGUUCCACAAUUGAGUUCUACUUACACUAGUGUCAAAUCUGGCCCAGUGAGGCCCGAAGUUUCCUCUGGUAUGGAUAACUCUGAAAGAGAAAAGGCAAGUGCUAGCAACAGAGGGAGGUCGAGCCCUUUAAGGAGAUUACUGGAGCCAUUGCUGAAGAACAAAGGAGCUCAAUCUUCUGAGAAUGUGGGGGUGCCGAAUGGAGGCUUAAGUUCAAUGACUGUCAGGACCACAGCGACCAAGGGACCAUAUCAAAAUAGGAAGCCCGAAGCAUCAAGUUUUCAGGCUCUUUUGCAGCUGACUUUGAAGAAUGGACUCCCUUUCUUUAAACUUGUUGUUGACAAUAGCAAUGACAUGCUAGCUGCAACUGUGAAGAAAUUGCCAACAUCUCAAAAGAGUGAUCCUUGCAUGAUCUUCUCAUUCUACUCUGUUCAUGAGAUUAGGAAAAAGAGCAUGAACUGGAUAAGUCAAGGAUCGAAAGGGAAAAGCUGCAGCCUUGGCUAUAAUUUUGUUGGUCAAAUGAACAUUUCAAACUCUUAUCACCUGAAAGCAGACGCAGGGGAUUCUAGUGAAUGUUCAAGGGAGUGCGUACUGUAUGGUGUUGAUCCAGGGGAGGUAGACAAGCAAACACUUGAAUUUGCAGCUAACAAGGAGAUUGUGGCUAUUAUUGUUAAAAAAUCAAGUAAAAAGCCUAAUGAUGCAGAGUUAAGUGAUGACCACCAAAUGAACAAAGGAAGGGAGUAUCUACCAGGGAUGAUAUUAAACACAGGAGAAAAUAAAAACUCUAAUGGCAUAGUCGCCAUCCUUCCUGGUGGUGUUCAUGGUUUACCAAUUAAAGGUGCACCUUCAUCGUUAAUUAGCCGUUGGAGAUCUGGUGGAUCAUGUGAUUGUGGAGGAUGGGAUGUUGGCUGCAAGCUGCGAAUACUUGCUGACCAUAAAAACAGCAGCAACAUACUUCAAGCAUCAAUGUCUAGUGCUACUGUCGAUCAUGUUAAUCUUUACAUACAGGGUGAAAAACAAAAGAGCAACAAGCCUGUUUUCACCUUGGAACCAUUUAGCAACGGCUUCUACUCUAUUGAAUUGGAUGCAUCAGUUUCUCUAUUAGAGGCGUUUGCUAUAUGUGUAGCAUACGUCACUUGUUGGAAAUUUCCUGAAAUCAUAGAUUCCAAUGGUCGGUCAGAUGCAGAACAUCUUCCAGAAGUCAAUGUAGGAGCUGAUAAGAGGAAAACAGCAAGCACAUUCCAAGAGCAAUUCCCUGCAAAGUAUGUCACGUGCCCACCUUUGUCACCAGUUGGAAGGAUCUAAAGGAGGCUGCAGCAAGGACUCAGACAGCAUUUAGAUAUAAUUACCGAGGCCGCAUCUAUAUUUCAAAGAGAGUCGUCAAUGGCAGUAGUCAUUAUUUCCUUUUGCUAUCAAUUGGAAUUGGGGGAAAAUGAGAAGUACUGGGACUUCCCUAAUCUUGUAAAGAGAUCUAUUGCAGAAUCAUAAAUGACCUGAAAUUUUGUAUCAACUGUUCUUAAUCUGUAAAGUUAGAUUUUGUUGCAAAUGGUGUUCUUCAGGCUGA